AUGACCACCCUCCAGUCCCUCAAGCAGGCCCUGAGACAGGAGGCCGAGAGAAUCGAAACGGUCUCCUCCAUAAGAGAACCUCUCACCGACGAGGAGUACAGUAUCGGCUUCGAAAUCUUGCUGCGAGACUCAGGAUGGAUCACGUAUCGAGACUUCGUCGUACCCCAUCUCACUCAACUGUUGACCCCCAUCUUGACAUCGCAUACUCGGAUCUCAGUGCUGGAAAUCGGACCUGGCCCAAGGAGCGUCCUUGGACAACUUCCUCUCGUUCUGAGACGGACAGUCGGAAAAUAUGCUGCUUACGAACCCAACGCGCUCUUUGCUACAAGAAUGAAAGAAAGUCUUUCCUCAUCCUCGGGUAUGGAGUCUCCGCUGCCCUGCCUCGAGAUCCCGCCUAUCAUUCAUCAAAGACCGUUCAAUCUGCACGAGAGUGAGUCUCAUGCCGAGAAAUUCGAUGUCAUCCUGUUCUGCCAUAGCAUGUAUGGCAUGAAUUCAAAGGCCAAGGUCAUUGAACGUGCACUCGAAAUGCUCGUUCAGCGGCCAGAAUACGGAAUAGUCGUGGUUUUUCACCGCGAUAUUUCACUGAAAUUUGACGGACUUGCCUGCUAUCUAACAGCUUCUUUCUCAACUGGAGCUGUCUGCGUGGCCGAUGAUGACCUUGAAUUGGACCGCUUCGCUCCUUUCGUGGCUGGGUUCACGCUACAGGAUAUCUGCAAGUACGAGAAUCUUCGAUUCGCAUGGCGAAAGGUGUGCCGUACCCUCGGUCGACGUGACGAAGCCUACCUGGGUCACCUCUUCUUUGGAUCUCCUGAUAUCAUGACAGUGUUCACCAGAUACUCCACUUCAUUGCCAGAUUUGGCGGCACAGGUGCCGUUACUGAAAGGGGAGCUGGUUGUUAAAAACCGCGAGGCUCUUUCUCACCGUCCUGCCUGUAUUGUCAGACCGACGAAGAUUCAACAUAUUCAGCAGUGCGUUCUAUGGGCUCUCAUGAACCACGUUGGCUUGACCGUCAUUGGCGGAGGCCAUAGCGGACACUGCAGGCAGCCCAACGUCGUUGCGGUCGACAUGAGUGCCUUUGACAAAGUUCACAUUGUCGCAGCCGGAGAUGACAAAAAAGAUCCCACCUCUAAGUUGGGUCCCUUGGUCAUCGCCGAGGCCGGCUGUAAGGCCGGGGGUAUUGUCCGCGAAUCAAUGGCAGCAGGGUUUACAGUGCCUCUAGGGUCCCGCCCCAGCGUCGGUGCAGGCCUAUGGCUACAAGGUGGCAUCGGGCAUCUGGCCAGGCUUUACGGACUCUCCUGUGAUGCCAUUGUCGGUGCCAUUAUCGUCAGCGUCAAAAAUGGCCGACUCCUGUGUGUUGGCCAUGUACCAGCCCAGCACAGGCCGGCGGGAGCCAUGUGUCCCGAAUACGAAGCCGACCUGCUAUGGGCCAUCAAAGGUGCCGGAACCAACUUUGGUAUCGUCGUCAGCGUUGUGUUUAAAGCGUACCCAGCUACCACCCACGGAGUACGCAACUGGGUCAUCCCGCUAAUGAAUGAUAAUGAUGCACGUUUCAAGAUCAACUACUAUGACCUCUACGCCGCCCAGCGACUCCCUGCGAAUUGCUCUGUGGACAUGUUUAUCUACCAGGAAGAAGACCAGAUGAGAUUGGGGGUUACAUUGUUCGAGAAUCCCACGGCAGAGGUUAACCCAAUGACCGCUACCAUACGUACAGUCUUGGGAUCCGAAAGGAGUUUCAAGGCUGUGGAUGAUAUGGGUUUGUUCGAGACCGAUAUGUACAUGUCCGAGAUGCAUGGUGGACACGGUGGAAACAAGAUGUCCUCGUUCAAAAGAUGUAUCUUCUUGAAAGAUAUCGGCUAUUCACCAGUCGUUAAUUUGCUGAUCAAGACCAUGAAAACUCGGCCCACAUCACUCUGCUAUCUACAUCUCCUCCACGGCGGUGGAGCAGUACGCAAUGUAGCAGCUGAUGCCAAUGCUUUUGGCUACCGACAAUGGGAAUUUGCUUGUGUGAUCACUGGAAUCUGGCCCCGCGGUGAAGAUGGAACUGAACUCGCUCAUAAUGUGAAGGAGUGGGUGUACAAGGUCGCCGAGGAGUUGUUACCAUUCAGCUGGGGAAUCUACAGCGCAGACCUCGGGCCUGGGCCUCGAGACGCAGCGUUGGCGUCUCGGGCUUUCGGCCCUAACUACCCACGCCUAGUCCAGCUCAAACAAAUCUUCGAUCCGCAUAAUGUGCUCGCUGAUGCCUGUCCCCUUCGACAAAUCCCAGCAACGCAGAAGCUCAUAAUCCUGGUGACCGGUGAAAAUGGUGUUGGCAAAGAUUAUUGCGCAAAUACCUGGGCCUCAGUUUUUAAUACAAACUAUGGAAACCACGUCGUUGCCCGCACAGUCUGCAUCAGCGAUGUGACUAAGAGAGAAUACGCAGCAAUGCACCCCGAUGUCAAUCUGGCACGUCUGCUUCAUGAUCGUGAUUACAAAGAGCAACAUCGGCCGGCGAUGACGGCAUUUUUCGACGCUCAGGUGGCCUGUCGACCUCGCAUGCUUGAAGAACAUUUCCUGGCGGUGGUACGCGAAGCUAUGUCUGUGGAUGUCCUGUUUAUUACAGGAAUGAGAGAGAAGGGGCCCCUCGUGACCUAUUCUCAUCUAGUCCCUGAGCACAGACUCAUCGAGGUUCGCGUUCAGGCAAGCCCACAGACCUUACGGGCUCGUCGAGACUAUUACGGUGCUGAUGGUCGUGACAACGACAAGCAAGCCACGUCCGGAUAUUGCCCAACCAUUGUCUUCAAAAAUGAAGCGCCCGGCAUUGAGCCGGUGCGACACUUUGGAGUGUGCUAUUUGCUUCCCCUCGUUAGUGAGGACAUCCAGCGUCUGGCUAAAAUGGUGCGCCCCGUCCCAGACUUUCCACGUCCCCAUAUGACCUUCCAACAUGUGCUCGGCAUUGCAAAGCACCCGCAGGGCUUGGAAGUGUGUACACGCUUACUAGCAAGCCUCCUAAUUGGUGGCUGGAUUACUGUCAGUGCCAUAGCGUGUUGCGAGACUGGGGGCUUUACAUUUGCCUCGCCAUUAGCAGAGAAGGUUAAAAAGCCAAUUGCUUUCAUUCGUGAAGCUGGCAAGCUUCCCCCGCCAACGAUUUCCGUCACCAAGUCUACAUCGCAUAUCUCAGCUUCAACGUCUAGCAGUUCAAAGGAUAAAGUUAUCGAAAUGGAAAUGUACUCAAUUCCUAGAGGUUCUUUGGUGGUGGUUGUGGAUGAUGUGCUUGCGACAGGCCAUACUCUUUGCGCGGUGCUGGAGCUCUUGAGCAAUGCUGGCAUUCGCCCGCAGGAUACCGUCGUUUUGGUUGUUGCUGAGUUCCCUGCUCAUCGUGGUCGGGAACUGUUGUACGAGCGUGGGUUUGGCGCGGUCAAUAUUAGGAGUCUUCUGGUUUUUGAUGGAGUUUGA